ACAGAACAAAGACAAAUGACUUCAACAAUGAUCAAACCUGCUUGUUUGCUUGUUUUUCUCUUUUUCUUUUGUGUCUUACCUGGUAUCAGGGGUCAAACACUGACUGAAUCUGAAUCAGUGGUUAAAAGACCUGGAGAACCCCACAAACUGACUUGUACAUAUUCAGGGUUUAGUGGUGAUCCCUCUAUAGCUUGGAUCAGACAGCCUGCAGGAAAAGGACUGGAAUGGAUUGCUUAUAUCAACUCUGGCAGCAACUACAUCUACUACUCAGAGUCAGUGAAAAACCGCUUCACCAUCUCCAGAGACAACGGCAGAAAGCAGGUGUAUCUGCAGAUGAACAGUCUGAGAGCUGAGGAUUCUGCUGUUUAUUACUGCGCUAGACAGUCUUAUAGCUGGUAUGCUUUUGACUAUUGGGGAAAAGGCACAGUGGUAACAGUGACACCAGACACUCCUGCUCAGGCUCCAACAGCCGUGUUUGGUCUGAUGCCAUGCGGCCCUCAAAGUAGAGACACGGUCACUCUUGGCUGUCUUGCCGUUGAUUUCACCCCCUCUUCAUUAACUUUCUCGUGGAAACAGGGCACCAACAAUUUGGAAAAUAUCACCCAGUACCCUUCAAUACUGAAAAAUGACAAAUAUUUAGGAAUCAGUCAGGUUCAAGUCAGCCGACAGGACUGGGACGCCAAAAAGACUUUCAAGUGUGUUGCCAAUCAUCCAAAACAGGAAGUUACGUCUCCCUUAACUAAACCAGAUGUGCUGUUUAGGUCGCCCAAUCUCACAACAAGUUUUUUCCUUGAUGAGGAAAAGCAACAGGCUUCUUUCUACUGCUUUGCCAAAGAUUUUUCUCCUAGGACCCAUGAGAUCAUUUGGCAGAAAGUUGGCAGCGAAAAAGCCAGCAUCCUUGAUGAGACCAGUGUUUUCUCAGAGGGAAGAAAUGACACAAAUGGAGCUAAGCUGUAUUCUGCAGCAAGUUUGCUCACAGUAAACCCCACUGAGCUGACUUCUGGAGCAACAUUUACAUGUGUGUUCAAGGGGAAAGGUGUGAACAAUACUGACGUGUUGGAAAAGGCUAAUGCCACCUACAAGGAAGAAUCUUCUGGAGGAAGUGCAGGAUGUACUCAGGCAGCUGUAGACAUAAAUAUCAUUGGCCCUACAUACAGGGACAUUCUUGUAAAGCAAAGUGGAAAAAUAACAUGCCAAAUUCAAGUAAAUAACGGUCAGCUUGAAAGGAUUUUUUGGGAGAAUGAAAAUGAAGUAGAAAUGGCUGGAACUGUAAAGACUGAAGGGUUAAAAAAGAAGGAGGAGCUUGUGCUUGACAUCACAUAUGAUGAAUGGCAUCAGGGAGUCGAACGCUACUGUGUUGUCCAACAUAAAGACAUUCUUUUCCCAUUCAAGAUCCAAUACAAGAGACAAAACAGCGGACCUGCUCAGCGUCCUUCAGUGUUUAUGUUGCCUCCUGUAGAACAUGCUAAAAACAAAGAGGUGACCCUGACUUGCUCUGUGAAAGACUUCUUCCCUGAGGAGGUUUUCGUAGCUUGGCUUGUUGAUGAUGAUGUAGUAGACUCAAAGUACAAGACCAGUACCACCAGUCCAGUAGACAAAGAAGGAUCUUACUUGGUUUACAGCCAGUUAACCCUCACAGAUGAUCAGUGGAAACAGUCUGGUGUGGUGUACAGCUGUGCUGUUUACCACGAGUCCAUUACCAACUCCACCAGAUCCAUUGUCAGAUCCAUUGGUUUCAGCACAGCUGAUAAAAACAACCUGGUCAACCUCAACCUGAACAUCUCUGAAAAGUGCAAGGCGUAGUAGAUGUUGUUUGUUGUUGUCUACUUUUUCUUUCUUGUUUGUACUUUGUGAUGAGUCAUUGUGUUGUGUUUGAUUGCAGAUUAAAAACUAAAAAAAAAGCA